UCCUCUUAUCCUUAUAAACUUAACUGGAUAAGAUGUUGGUUCUUCUGAUCCAAAGCUAUCCAUGACGCAGCGCUUAUACCUGUUUGUGGAAAAUAUAAAUCUUGAAAGAGAUCAUGUUGGGAAAUCAGCCAUCAUGCGCAGGAUGUUAACUAUAACUGAGGCCAACUUUAUUAAGAAUGGCACUGUUGAUCUUGAAGAUGGAGGUCAUGUAACUGCCAAAUGGCCUCUUAGAGAUGGUCUAUUGGUCGAUUGUCCAUUACCAUAUAUGCAAGGAGUUUGUUCUGUCCGUCACAGCUUCUUCUUUGCUGGUGGUGGUGACCUGAAUAUUAUUGACCCAGAAUUGUGUUUGAAUUGGGAUGAUCAUUACCCCUCAAGGAUGUGGUGCCUCAAGUAUGAGGGUUCUAAUUGGAGUUGGAAGUUUUGUGGAAGCAUGUUCUGCCGCCGAGAUAGACCCUUAGUAGUCCCCUAUGAUGGCAAAUUGUACAUCUUUGGGGGUACUGGAAGUGCAAAUUGCUGGGUUGAUAUUUACAGCCUAAAAUCAGGUCUAUGGGAAACAAGGGAAGUGCCCGAAAGUGCUCUCUUGCCAUAUUGGAGGGACCCUUACUCUUACUUUCUGUGGGAGGACAGCACCAAGCCUCACAAGAAGACCCACAUUGUAUUGUAUUCUUGUGGUGAUAAACAUCAAGGGCUCAUGUCAUAUGACGUCAAGGCUAACAAUUGGGAAUACCUUGAUUGGAAUUUUCCGCCAGUUCCUGAAUCUUGUCCAAGGAAACUUGUUCGUUUGGGAUGCAGUCAUUAUCUUCUGAUUGUUGACUUCGCUCCAAUGUGGCAUAUUUAUGAUUUAUCUAAGAUGAAUGUUGUGGCAACGGUGGGGGUGGAUGGUUUGGACAAGACCGCAGAAGUAACGUAUAUUUUUUGUUGCCACAACACUAGCGAUGAAAGUUUGAUUUAUAUGUUCAUGCAACCUGGAAAUGUUUUCGAGGGAGAGCCACCUACUAGCUAUGAUUCUGGGUUUGUUUCUUAUGCCAGAGUCAAGCUCCAACUCAAAACUUUUUCUGCCAAGAUUGAAUCCAAGGGUAAUCUUAACCUUGGUGAUUAUGUAAAUCUUUAUAUGUUUGCUGUUGGAGAUGAAGACCAAUAAUUGUUUCAAUCUUGAUCUCCAAACUAUUAAUGAUGAUGGGCAGUUAGAAAGCGACCAAGAUUAAUUGUGUUAAAGUAAUUACAGUGACUGUCCUUUUGCAAAUUGAUAAAUCAGAGAAGAAAACAAUGAAAAAACACCCAAUAACACAUAACAAGAUGGAAAACCUUGAACUUUUUCAACACCACUCACCCGGUAUCUUGAACAUGCAUGGAAUAA